AUCAGUAUCAAAAUCGUGAUGCUGUGUGCCCGUAAUCUCCACCCAUUUCCUGAGGUGUGAAGGAUGUCGGCGGAACGCACGGAGAGCGUUCUGUAGCUCACCGCACCCAGCACCUCCACAGCAGCAGCGUUCCUGACUGAUUUCUGCUCACAUCGACUCCUGCUUUUACCUACACAGUCUUUCGGGGAAUCGGCACGUAAGCACGGACCGGUCGAUGGAAAAAGCGAGAAGAUGAUACUGUGAAGAGGGUGGACAUGGAAACCCGACGCUGAGUUCCUUUAAUUGUGACCAUAAGACACCAUGGCCAAACAGUAUGAUGUGCUGUUCAGACUCCUGCUUCUCGGAGACUCCGGUGUUGGCAAAACCUGUUUAUUAUGCAGAUUCACGGACAAUGAAUUUCAUCCCUCUCACAUUUCCACCAUCGGUGUCGAUUUCAAAAUGAAGACUUUGGAGAUAGAUGGCAUUAAAGUGCGAAUACAGAUAUGGGACACAGCAGGUCAGGAGAGAUAUCAGACCAUCACUAAGCAGUACUACAGAAGAGCACAGGGCAUUUUUCUGGUGUAUGACAUCACAAGCGAGCGCUCGUUCCAGCACAUCAUGAAGUGGGCCAGUGAUGUAGAUGAGUAUGCCCCUGAGAAAGUGCAGAAGAUACUUGUUGGGAACAAGUCUGAUGAAGAACAGAAGAGACAAGUAGCUACAGAACAGGGAAAUAAGCUUGCCAAGGCUUAUGGAAUGGAUUUUUUUGAGACAAGUGCCUUUACCAACCACAACAUCACAGAGUCUUUCACCCGAUUGGCUGAAUUAGUCUUACAAGCCAAUAAGAAGGAUCUUGAUUUGUUGGGAGGAUCCAUGAAUGAUGAGUUCAAUCUAGCUGUUUUGGAGGAGCAGGAAGGAUUGUGUAAUGUUAGCGACGACACCCGCAAGUCCUGCUGGUGCUGAGGACAGGAAGUGACAUGACUACUUUUUCAGUUAUUUCCAUAUUUAUGUUGCAUUUACAUUUUGAAUAUCAUUUAGCAAAACUGACAGUUAUUGUUAAACAGUGUUUGGUGCCUUUAAUGGCUUAUUUCCUGCUGAUUUUUAUGCCUAUUAUUUCUUAUUCAUUAUUUAUUUUAUAGUUACUAUAAAUUAAGGUGGAACGUUAACAGAAUAUCGUAUAUGUAUAUUAAGAUUAUUUUUCAGGUUUUUUUCCUCAUUCUGAAAAACAAGAUCAAAAGGCCACUGCAGGGCAGUUGUACAUUAUUUAGUUACACUCAUUCAAGCCACACAUUCAGAGUCAGUCGUACAUUAUAUUAAAUUUAAAAUAUAAGGCAGCAUUGAUCAAAUGGUUUAUUCAAAGGAAUAGUUCAAUCAAAAAUACAAAUGUCAUGAAUAUUUACCCACCCUCAGACUAUCCACUAUGUAGAAGAGUUUGUUUCUUCAUCACAACAGGAGAAAUCUAGCACUACUUUUUACUUUUAAUUUAGCAUCACUUGCUUACCAAUGGAUCCUCUGCAGUGAAUGGGUGCCAUCAGAAUGAGAGUCC